AUGCCGCUUUCCAAGACUUUGUUGGCCCUGUUGGUCGUUCAUCUGCUCGGCGUAUCCGCCUCCUACAACUGUACCCUGCAUAGCUUCAAUGCCACUCUCGGGGGUCGUGUACAGCCAUUGAAGCCGUUCUCCUCGCCGUGCUUCUCCCACUACAAUGGCGUCGAGGCCACUGUGGAUGAAGCUGCCUGCAAGGUGAUCCAGAGUAACUACUCGGAUCCUUUCCAUCGUUCCAACUCGGACAAUGGCUUCAUGUAUAACCAGGUGGAAAUCUGCGCCUCCGAUCCGCAAAAUCAGUGUCUCCUGGAUAACACGGACCCCACUAAUCCCCAGGCACUGAAGGGCCCCUGCAACCAGGGCAACACGCCUUCCUACUCUCUGGAGGUAAAAACCCCCAAAGACGUGGUGGAGGCGCUCAGGUUCUCCAGCUGCUCUGGGACCCGUUUAUCCAUCAAGAACAGCGGUCACGACUUCCUCGGCCGCAGCAGUGGUCGAGGAACUCUCUCUCUGUGGACACGCAACCUGCAAUCCAUGCACUACAGUGCAACCUUCACCCCGUCCGGCUGCAAGGCGUCUUCCACUUACAACGCCAUCACUGUUGGAGCCGGUGUGAACUUCGACCAAGUCUACAACUUUGCCAAUGAGCACAACGUCACCUUCAUCGGCGGAUACUCACCCACCGUCGGCGUCUCAGGUGGCUGGGUGCAGACCGGCGGCCAUUCCAUCCUGUCUCCGGUUUACGGUCUGGGAAUCGACCACGUUGUCGAGUACAAGGUAGUCACACCGGACAGUCAUUACCGCAUCGCCAAUGAGUGUCAGAACCAGGACCUCUUCUGGGCGCUUCGCGGCGGCGGAGGCGGAACCUUCGGUGUGGUCAUAGAAAGCACGCAUCGUGUGGAACCCCGCAUGCCUCUGAUCUCCGCUUCAAUCAAAUUCCCCCAGAAGUCCGAUUCUAGCAACGUACUCCCAUUCCUAGACAUCCUGGUCAACAAUACGAUCAAGUGGGCUCACGAGGGCUGGGGCGGCCACAUCAACAGCAACUCAUUCAUCAACGUGACACCACUCCUUUCACUGGCCGAGGCCAAGGAGUCCCUCGCCGAAGUGGUCGCCUACGCUAAAUCCCAGGGUGGCACCGCCGUCAUCGAGAAAUUCUCCUCCUGGUACGGCUUCUACGAGAAAUAUGUCGUCCCCAACUCCGUCAAAGUUGGCAACACCCAUUUCGCAGGGACUCGACUGAUUCCACAAUCCGUCUUCGAGACAGAGGCCGGUCGCGCUGGUCUCAUGAAAUUCUUCUCCGUGUUGCUCUCCAAAGGAGGAAACGUGUACAUCCCCGUGGUGGGACCCCUUCUCUACAAGAAUCCCAAAUCCACAUCCGCGACCCCCGCCUGGCGAAACGCUAUCUGGUCCCUCGGGGCUGACGGGUUCUGGUCUUGGAACAGCACCCUCAACACCCGUGAGGAAACCGUGGCCGAACUGCAGCAUAUGACCCAGCUUCUCGAGGACCUAACCCCCGGCAGCGGCGCGUACAGUCCCGAGGCGAACCCAUUCACCCCGGACUGGAAGGAGGCCUGGUGGGGAGAGGAGAAUUACGGGAAGCUCUUGACGCUGAAGAAGAAGUACGAUCCCAAGGGAUUAUUGCACUGCUGGAAGUGUGUUGGAUGGGAGGAGUCUGAUGCCAAGAGUUCCUGCUUUGCGGCAUUUGAUUAA